GCGGAGAGCGCUCACAAUAUAAAGCACCUGCAGACACGCAACUCAUUGACAGCUGAUGCAAAUCAAAAAGUGCGCGUCUUCUUUCUUUUUAUAUUGGGCUUUACCUACAUGGUGUUCGUACUGUAGGCUGUUCAGAUAAGCACGUUAAGCACUUAUCUGGAGGAUUUCUUGCUUCUUGUUUAUGUUCCACAAACUUCGGGGAGCAGUAGAGACACCAGCAGCCACCGUCAGACACGCGGGACUAUUUUUUUCUUCUCGUUAUUGAAAACAGUAAACAGUGGAGGUUUUACAGUGCAGGAGACAGGCGGACAGGGUCGACUGUCUCCCCUCCCCUGCGCACCGCGCCACUAUACCUGGCGAGAAGAUUUGGAUUAAGACUAAUGAACUGGGGGGUAAAUAAUCUCCACGGGACGGUUCACUGGACACAACACGACUCAUUGUCUCGCUCUGGGAUUCUUUUGUGCACCUUUUUAAAAAAAAUAUUUUAACGGCUGAAGACGAUGUCUGUUCGGGGACACUUUGUGGCUUUUUUCAAAUGCACAGUUAUUCUCUCUCUGAGGAUGUUGCUUAUUGUGCCUGCAGGGUUGCCUGUCCGCAGCCAAGGGGAUUCUCAAUCCGACAACGAAGUGAUGGACAAUAUCACCGUCCGACAAGGAGAGGACGUCUACCUCAGGUGUAAACAGGGAGAUGUGGUCACACACACAGCAUGGCUCAACCGGUCCAGUAUUCUGUAUGCAGGAGAGGACAAAUGGUCUGUGGAUCAGAGAGUGAGUCUGGUGACGCUCAAUCAGGAGGAGUUUACCAUCAAAAUUGAAAAAGUGGAAAUGACAGAUGAGGGACAGUACGUGUGUGCAGUCCAGACGAGCAGUCGACCGAGAACCACCUCAGUGCACGUCCUCGUCCAAGUACCACCAAAAAUCAUCAACCUGUCGAGAGAUCUUAUUGUAAAUGAAGGCUCCAACGUCACCCUGAUGUGCCAGGCCAGCGGUAAACCGGAGCCCUCCAUCAGCUGGAAAUCCUCCUCAGGGGACCUGGCCUCAGACGAUGAGUACCUGGAAAUCCCGUCUAUCUCCAGACACAGAGCAGGGACGUACAAGUGCACAGCUGUCAACGAUAUCGACACAGACGACCAGACCGUCGACAUCACCGUCAACUAUGCUCCAACUGUGUCAGAGGGCAGAGACGUCGGAGUGACUCUGGGCCAGAGAGGAGUGCUGGAGUGUGAGGCUGAUGCAGUGCCUGAGGCAGACUUUGAGUGGUAUAAAGAUGACAGAAGAAUCUUCAGUGGCAUCGAUGGCGUGGAAAUCCUGAACACUGGAUCGUUGUCCAAGCUGAUGUUUCAUAAUGUGUCCGAUGGAGAUUACGGCAACUACACUUGUAUCGCAAUCAACAGCAUUGGGAGCUCCAACACGAGCUUUCUUUUGUUUGUGGUAAUUGAACCCACUAGCUCCACACUAUUGCAAGGACCGAGAGCAGUUCAGGACGGCAACGGCGGACCAUCGGGAAUCCAUUCACACUGCUGGCUCCUCUUCAUAGCUCUUCUGCCGUUCCUGCUUCAAUUUUGAAGAGGAUUGGAAUCGAUCACAAGAAGUUUGUGUGUCUGUGUGUGUAUGCGUGUGCGUAUGAGUGAGUGUUUUUUCUUUUCUUUCUUUUUUUUUUUUUUCAACCAGAACCAUAAAGUGAUGCACAAUGAGUGUGCAUCGAGUACCCUGCUUACCUAAUUAUGUUGACCCACUAAAUAAGUCAAUAACAAAACAUUCAGAUUUUGCUUUUUUUAAGAUCUUAAAGGUGUAACACAUUUUUUCACAUUAUAACUGACAUGUGUUUCGAUAUGUUCCCCUCUAAAUGACGUUAUUCUGAAUUGUCUCUUUCAUUUAAAACUCUUGUAACAAAACAAAAAAAAUGUUUUAAAUGUGGUACCUCCUUUUUCCAAUCGAUUUGUCUUUAAGUUUGGACCACAUUGCAUAUUCAUCUCAACUCCAGUAAAAGGCAAAUUACAGCAAGUAUGCGAGGUGAAUGUUAAAUACCUCAAAGUCAAACCGAGACGGUUUAGCAGAACAAUCUAGGAUACCCAGAGGCUGCAAGUUUGAUAUUAUCAUAUUUUAAUGUAAAAUAAUGAUCAUUCUGUGUGGUUGUUUGAAGCAGAAUUGUUUUUGACCUUUGAGUAUUUUAAUUCUCAACAUUAGAGUGAUCUACUUACAGUUGUGUUAUGCUAAUUUCAUUUUUUUAAAUUAUGUUUAGUUUUGAAUAUUUUGAGAAGGCAAAAAAAUGAAGUUGUAAUUAUUUAGGACGAUAUCCUAGUUUAUAUGUCUUUGUUGUUUAUUUUUCUUUACCAGGACGGUUGUACACUAAUGGUGUCAUAAAUAAUUGUUAUGAUUAAACAGUUAAACAAGAA